UUUAGUUAUGGCCUUAAUCAUCUUCUCCUUCAACCUGACAUUGUCUUGUACAAGAGAAAGAGUUCCAGUGGGUUCGAGUGUGGAGUGGAAGACAGGUAGGAGGUGAUUAUGGUGCAAGUAUAGUGGUGAGUGGUUGCAGGUGAGGAAAAUAGCGGGUUAAGUAAGUGGUGCUGCGUGGAGAGGGAAUUGGCAAAUGGUGAUUGGGAUUUGAUUAAGAAUGUAGAUGACUAGCGGACAUGUAGUUGCAAGGAGUUAAUUUGUCCCUGUUUUCCUAAUUCAGUCAAGUGAGGGUGUUCAUCAGAGUUAUCCAUGAGAUGAGAUUUAUAAUCUCUUCAGUUUGUAUGGUUUUGUAGGAGUUCAAUUUGUUCCUGUUUUCCUAAUUCAGUCAACUGAGGGUGUUCAUCAGAGUUAUCCACAAGCUGAGGUUUAUAAUUUCUUCAGGCAACCAGCCAGGUUAGAAACAGCAUGGCUGCUGCCGGUGGCUCUGAUUUAUCUUCAGAAAUGGAGGUGGAUGCUUUUAGACAUCUUUUCCCUCUGCGUUUUCAUGAGCGCCAUCUGCUUAAAUCUAUUAGACCUGAUGGCAGGACCCUUGGAAAAGCUAGAGAUACAAUCAUAUCCCUCGGAGCUGUUACAUCGGCAAAUGGAUCUGCACUAACAAAGAUAGGCUGUACGACCAUGUUGGCGGCCAUUAAAUUGGAGGUUAUUACACCUACAGUGGAGUCACCAGAUGAGGGAUGCAUAGCCAUAGAUUUUCAUAUGCCCCCAAUAUGUUCUCCUAUUGUUCGGCCUGGGAGGCCCGCAGACGCCGCUCCAGUUGUGGCAAAGCAGUUAUCUGACACUAUUUUGAGUUCUGGCAUGAUUGAUUUGAAAGAAUUGUCUUUGGUCAGUGGGAAAGCUGCUUGGAUGGCUUACCUGGACAUAUAUUGUUUGGAUGCUGAAGGUUCCCUUUUUGAUGCUGCAUUGCUUUCAGCAGUUGCUGCCUUUUCACAUUUGCAAAUUCCUGUAGUUUCUCUGAAUGACGAGGGAAGAAUUGUGCUUAUUUCUGAGGAUAAUGGGGGAGGGAAGUUGGAGAAGGAGCCAGUCAAUAAAGAAAAAAGGAAGCUCAAGUUGGCUACAAUACCAUUUUCCUUAACUUGCGUACUUCACAAGAAUUACAUCCUGGCAGAUCCUACAGCAGAGGAAGAGUCCAUAAUGGAGACACUUGUGACUGUGGUGUUGGAUUCCUCCAGUCAAUUGGUUUCUCUUUACAAACCAGGUGGCCCAGUUCUUGCCCACACGUCAGCUAUUCAGGAUUGCGUUGCAUUAACAAGACAGAGACUGAAAGAACUUCAAAAGAUCUUAAAUGAAGCAAUUUCUGAUAUGGAGGUGGACUAAAAGCAGGACUAAUCUCUGAAUCCGUCAGUAUCUAGGUUUUAAUGGUAUUUGUUUCUUCAUACCCUUUAGUUUCCUCGGUUGAUAAUGAAAUGAAUAGUAAAAUAUCACAGAGGAACGUGUUUUAGCCAAUCAUUUUGCAGGGAUUAUAGUUGGAGAGGAAUUAGACAAAUAGUAAUUUCAUGGUGAGCUUGUAAAGGGUCAUUCUGACUGAAACUUUUCUUGUCCCUUUUCUAAUUUUGUUCCAUCUUCAUGUCAGGUUUACUGCUAUUUAGAUAACACACAUUCACGUAAUUUG